UUUUUGGAAUUUUCAAUUUUUUGGUUCUCGAAUAAAAUAAAGAAUGACUAAUUCGAUUACAAUAAAUCGAUACAUUAAUUGGUUUUUAAAGGCAAAUGAAAAUGAAAAUUUUUUUUCUGUGAUAAAUUUAAUUUUUUCCAAAGAAACAAAUAACACAUAGACACACAUUCAGAAUUUCAUCAAUUUUCGUUCAACGAAAAGUAAUCGGUUUUCAAAUUGAUGACGAAUGAUGAUGAUGAUGAAUAUGAUAAUGAUAACGAUGGAAACAAUAAUAAAUGCUAGCAGUACAAUGAUAAUUGAAACGACAGCAACCAAGAAUCCUGAUAAUGGGGCAAAUGGCUUGGAAUACAACAACAACAACAACAACAACGAUUUUCGUUAAUCAAAAUGAUGAUGAUGAUGAUAUGACAACAACAACAACAACAACAAAGAUUAUUAACGAACGUUUUACACGUGCAUACAUUUUUCUUAUUAUUGGUAUAGCGACAUUUUUCAUUGGACUUUUAUUAAUAUUAAGCUAUUGUUUAAGUAAAAUGAUGCCAACAAUAAAAGGACCAACAAUGAUGAGACUACGACAUCGAAUAUUGACAGCAACAGCAAAACGUCAUUCAUCGCCAAUACUAUCACCAUUAUCAACAUCAACAACAACAGCGACAACAUUAUCGACGGCAACGACAAAAUCAGAAUCAUUACAAAGAAAUGAUAAUAAUUUAUUAUUAAAAUUAAUACAACCACAUGAACCAUUACAGAUAAUAAGUGAAGAUUUAAAAAGACAAACAAAAAUAAUAACAACCGAAACCAUUAAUCCGGUGAUGAUGAUUGGCAGUCAUGGAUGGCGAAAAGUAAUAUUAAAACAAAAAGAUUCAAAUUAAAUUUUUUUUUUUAAAAAACAUCGAUAGAUUGAGUGAUGAUAGCGUUUAAGAGCGAAUUAAAUUAAAAGUAGAUCUUGAAAAACAUGAAAAAAUUGAUUGAUCAACUAUAUUUUCUGCCAUCUGUCGACGAGAAUAAUUAUUAAGUCUCCAAGGUAGCAAAAGUAGUUGAUAUUGUUGAACUAAAAUGGAAGUAGAUAGAUGUCAGCACCUACUUCAAAAAAAAAAAUUUAAAUUCACAUUCAAAUACAAUGGAAUUCGCAAUAAAACAUCAUGAACACACAGAU